GCGUUACCGACCCGUGAAGAGGCGGAAGCCGAGCGGGUGAACAUGUAACCGGACAGCCGGCCGCGCUUCCACCGACAAACACGAGAAAGAUGGACUCUGCUGCGAGAAGCCAGAAGUUGCUGCUCGGAGCGGUGCUGUGGUGCUCGGUCCUGGUCCAGGCGGCGUCCGGGGCUUCCUUCUAUGGCGACGGCUUUGUGCAGCUCAAGGCAACGGAGUCGUCCGACCAUAACGUGCUCCGCAUUCGUUUCCGGACCUCCAGCACCAACGGCCUGCUGUUUCUCGCCGCCGGUCAGACGAGCUACUUGCUACUAGAGCUCCAUGCUGGUCGCCUGCAGCUGAAGCUGGACCUCGGAUCAGGGGAGCAGAUGUUAGAAUCGGAGCGGGGCACCCAGCUCAACGAUCUGGCCUGGCACUCUGUUGAGGUCCGCCACGACCAACUCAAUAUCAUCCUGACCGUAGACAAGAACUCUCACACGACUGUGAAGAUGCCAGGCUCCCAUCACAAUCUCAACGUCGUAGAUGGUUUCUAUGUUGGAGGCUCGGGGGGUUUGGACAGACUUUACCUGCCCAGGAACCCGAUCGGCUUCCGAGGCUGCAUGGAGGAAGUGGUCUUUAACGAACAUGACUUGCUUUCAUCACUGAGGCCGUACACCGGAUUCAAAAAUGUCCAUGAAGUGUCUUUAGGCUGCAGCCCCCAGUUCUUUGCCACUGAGGAGGACCCUAUCAGCUUCUUCAGCUCCAGGGCUUACAUUUCUCUUCCAACCUGGAACGCCCAGCAGGAGGCUGUGUUUGAAUGUGUUGUGCACACUUCAGCUAAGGAGGGAAUUAUCCUCUACAAUUCAGCCAGAGAGGGGGAUUUUGUGGCUCUGGAGAUUCAGGAGGGUUUGCCAGUGGCCAUUGUUGGGAAAGGUGGAGCCAAAACCGAGCUGCGUUCGCUCACAUUCAUCAAUGACAGGAAAUGGCACUCCAUCAAAAUGCACUUCAGUUCCAAAAGCCUUGAGCUGGCUGUCGACGGAGAGACGGUGAAAAGCAGCAUCAGUUCUCGUUCAAAGGGUCUUCAGCUUAAAGGUUAUCUGUUUGUUGGAGGUAUUGAUGACGGUACCAGAUCAGAAGCCAGAAAAGUGGGACUCACAUCUGUGUCUGGAAAGCGUGUCAGAGGAGGUUCCUUCAAAGGAUGUGUGAAGAACAUUGAAGUCAACAGUGUCAAGAUGGGCCUCUCUAAUGCUGUCGUCACCAAAGAUAUCUCAGUUGGUUGUGAGCCAGAGAAAGAACCAGAACCUUCAACUACUGUGAGUCCAACAAGUGCUCUGGGAUCUCUUUUUCACUUAGUUACGCCAACGCCAUCGCUGUACAUGUCCACGCUUGCGAGGGGUUUAGACAGAAGGUACGGCUCAAAUUUUGUGCAGCUUAAAAACCUCGUAGUCCCGGAGGGUGGUCGAUCGUCUCUUGACGCCAAACACAUCAAGGUUCUGUUGGACUUCAAGAAGCUCGGCAUUCGACAGUCUCAAAUCAUGUUCCGGAUUCGUGAGCAACCAGUUCGAGGUCAGAUAAGACUCGAUGUCGAUCAAGACCAAGAGGAGAACACCUUCAGCAUGUUGGACCUUUGGCACGGGCGAGUCAUGUACAUCCACGGAGGCUCCGAGGAACCAGACGACUUCUUCAUGUUUUCCAUUUUUUCUAGUAGUAGAAAGCAAGUCCCAGAUUAUCUAAAUGGUGACAAACUGUACCGUUACAAUAUUUCUGUGACACCCACCAACGAUGCACCUGAACUGAGCCUCCCUGAAGGAAAUCUCUUUGUCCUGUUGGAGAACUCAAAGAAACGCCUCACCACAGAAGUUCUGAAGGCCACAGACAUUGACAGCACCCACGCCGACCUCGUCUUCUCUGUGCUUGGGAACCUGAAUGCUGACGCAGGGUACCUGGAGAUCGAAAGCAACCCUGGCAAGGCAGUGACCUCAUUCUCAUACGCUGAUUUGGAGGAACUGAAGGUGUACUACGUUCACACAGGGGUUAGAAACUCAAGGAUAGUUCUCAGAGUUAGCGAUGGGGAGAAGGUCAGUAACACUGUGGUUCUAAGGGUUAUGGCUGUGGCGCUGGAGUACAAGAUUGCCAACAACACAGGCCUCGAGAUCAUUCAAGGAGAGGCGGCUAUAAUUGGUUCAAAGCAGCUGGCCGUGCAGACCAAUGCUGUGAAACAAGUCAUAGACAUCCGGUAUGAUAUCAUUGAACCCCCACAGUAUGGAGAACUCCAGAGACUUCACUCAAGUGGUGAAUGGAGGCACACUGACUCGUUCUCACAAAGGCUUCUAGAAAAAGAGCGCCUGAGGUAUGUUAGCACCUUUCAAGACAUCCAGACCACCAAUGCCACCGAUUACUUUAAGUGCAAAGUUAAUGUUGCUGCAAGGGCAACCACGGAAAUACUCUUCCCAAUCACCGUGAAGUGGGUGAAGUACCACAUGGUGAGGAAUAAUAUGAUAGACUUGGAUAAAGUUAGAAAAGUGACGCUGAACUCGGAGUCUCUCUUUGCCACAGCUGAAGGUGUGGCUCUCGCAGAGGAGGACCUUUAUUUCCGUGUUCUUACCACGCCAAAGAAAGGAAAACUCCUGCUGGACACCACCGUCUUAAAGAAGAACUCGACCUUUAGCCAAAAAGACGUAACAGAUUUAAGAGUACGCUAUGAGCUAGUUGACAGACCGUAUGAAGAUACAACCGACAGGUUCAAAUUUCAGCUGGUUUCCAAACAUGCUCAGUCCCAAAAUUACGAUUUCCAGUUUUCCAUUAAAGCCGACGUCAACAGCGUGUUUAUAAGAAACGAAGGCCUCUCGCUUCAGGAGGGAGAAAGUAAACUUAUCAUGAAAGAUGAGCUGUUUGCAGAGACUCUGAGUACAAAGGAGAUGUUCUACACGGUCAUAAGCAGCCCCAGACACGGAAAACUAGCCCGCAUCAGUCAGUCCAACUCCAACGCUAGCUAUGUCAACAUCUUAACCUUCAGUAAUAAGGACAUAUUAGAGGAACGCAUCAUGUACAUCCAUGAUGACAGUGAAACCACUCAAGACGAGUUCACUUUCAUAGCCUCCACCAACCAGGGGUUCAAGUCUUCCAUCACAGAAGAUGAAAUCGGCUCCAAAGAAGGAAUAUUCAACAUAUCUAUUCAGCUAAUCAACGACCAGAAACCAGUGCGUGUUAUUGACAAAGUUUUCCACGUCGUUAGAGAUGGACAGAAGCUGCUCACGAUUGAAGAUCUGCGCUAUCACGAUGCCGACUCUGACUUUGACGACGGCCAGUUGGUUUACACUCGACGUGGGAUCCCGAUGGGAGACCUGGUGCUGGUCAAUGACACCACGCAUCGCCUGUUCCAGUUUCGACAGAAGGAUCUGGAAGAAAAGCGAGUGUUAUUUAUUCACAAAGGCGUGAGCACUGGCAGGUUUGUGCUCUUUGUUUCAGAUGGAAAACAUUUCGUGUCAAGCCUGUUGGACAUCAGUGCGCACGACCCUUUUCUGAGGAUUGGAAAUAACACCGGCCUGUUGGUUCAGAAGGGACAAUCGGUGACCUUUUCCGCCAGCAAUUUUAGUGUCGUGUCAAAUUUGGACAUUAGAGAUGACCAGGAGGUUGUCUUCAAGUUGGACGAGGCGCCCAAGUACGGAGGUCUUUAUCUCAACGAAGCGAAGGUGAAGACAUUCACGCAGCGCGACUUAAAGAACGGACUGAUCUCCUAUCGGCACAACGACAGCAAGCAUCUGGCAGACCAUUUCAACCUAACAGUGAGAGCUAAAAGUCUUCAGCUUACGGGGAGAAUCAAUGUGAAGGUUUACCUGGAAAGCCAUCAGAGGCCUCCCAUCGUGCAGCAUCGCAGCACUUUGCUGGUGGAAGAGGGAAAACCAGCGAAGAUUGAUGAAACCAAACUGGAGGUCACUCACGAGGACAACCUGCCAUCUGAGAUUGUGUUCACAGUCAAGGUAGCCCCGUCUCAUGGCUUUCUCCGGCGUUUCGUCGAAGAGGAGCAGCGCUACGUCGGAACCAAACAGUCCCCUGUCAACACGUUCAGCCAGGACGAGGUAAACAGCGGGAACAUCCAGUACGUGCAGGUGGAGCCCGGCAGAGUCAACGACACCUUCGUUCUCGACGCCACCAACGGGGUCACUGACGUCAGCGGCAUAAGGAUGUCUGUCGACAUCAUCCCACGAUUCAUCCCACUUCAGGUCUCCAACUUCACGCUGAACGAAGGCGCCUCCAAGGCACUGACUCAGGAUGUGCUCAGAGUCACCAACAGACACUUCUCUGGAAUCAACUUCUUCUAUAGUUUGACUAAACCUCCGCAGCACGGUCACAUCGAGCACUCUCGACAUCCCGGCGUGCACAUCACUACUUUCACCAGGAAGCAGGUGGAGCAUGAAUUCAUUUACUACGUUCACGACAGCAGCGAAACUUUAGCCGACAAUUUCAGCGUGGUGGCCAACGACACGAGCCUGAGGAAGCACAGCGCCGCUCAGACGGUGCACAUCCAGGUUACAGCUGUCAACGACGAGCCUCCUGUUAUUACAGCCAACAGGGUCCUCAGGGUUUGGGUUUCCUCGGUGACGGAGAUCCGGCAGGAGGAUCUGAGAGCACGAGACCUGGACUCGCCCCCGGAGGAGCUGCUCUUCAUGGUGACCCCGCCCAGUAACGGACACCUGGCGCUGAAGAGCGCCCCCAUGAAGGCGGUGCUCAACUUCACCCAGGCCCACAUCGACCAGGGCCAGCUGCUGUUUGUGCACAAAGGUGCCAUGUCUGGAGGAUUCAACUUCCAAGUCAACGACGGCGUGAACUUCACCCCCAGACAGAUCUUCAGCAUCACUGCCAAAGCCUUAGUUCUCAGUCUGGAGAAAAACCGUCCCCUCAAGGUGUUUCCAGGUUCUUCCAGACCACUCACCAACGAGGAUCUACAGGCGGUGACCAACGACAUCAGCAACACCUCAAACCGCAUCAUUACGUUCGGCGUGAUCCGGCAUCCCAAGCUGGGGCGUCUGGUGGCGAGGCAGCCCGACAAUUCAACAGUCGACGUCUCCACUUUCACACAAGAUAUGGUGGACAGAAAAGAGGUUUUGUACGUUCAAACUCCCAUCGAGUCAGUGGGAUGGGAAGCCAUGGACUCCAUGACCUUCUCUGUAACAUCACCGCCUGCUUCUCUGGACGGUCAGACCUUCAAAAUAGACAUCUCAUACGAGAAUACUGGACCUGAACACGACACGGUCCUGCUGGCGAACACAGGUGCUGACGUGACAGAAGGGGAGAGUGUCAUCAUUGACGAGUCCAAGCUCGACGCCUCCAACCUGAUGUCCAAGCUGCCGACGCCCCAGCGGAGCUCCCACGAGGUCUGGUUUCAGGUGACGUCUCUGCCUCAGCACGGUGUCAUUGUGGUGGGUGAGAGAAACCUCACCAAGGAGAAACCCAACUUCUCCCAGUUCAUCGUCAACAAAUACGGUAUCACCUACAAACACGACAACUCGGAGACGACUCAGGAUUCUUUUGAAUUCAGUGCGUGGCUAAAUGCUAAGGGCAAAACCGCGCAGCGUCCUCAAGACGACGACGACGUUGUUGUGGAGCGUUUUAGCAUCACAAUCACGCCUGUGAAUGAUCAACCACCUUUACUGAAAACCAAAGCUCCAAGUCUGAAGGUUGUACAAGGGGAUACUGUAGCCCUCAAGCCUGAGAAUCUCAAAGUGGAAGACUUGGACAAUCCUCCUCAGGAUAUUAAGUACUCCGUGAUUAGCAAGCCAAGUAAUGGCUACCUCGCACUUGAAGGGAGUCUGAAUGAGUCGAUAGUGGCCUUCACCCAAGCCCAAAUCAACAACAGAAGCGUCUAUUUCAUCCACGAUGGAAGCUCUGUUUCAGGGGUGUUCUACUUCAGUGUCACAGAUGGCCACCACAAACCAAUAUACAAACUCUUUAACCUAGAAGUGACUGAAAUUCUCAUUUCUCUGGUCAACUACACUGGAUUGACCCUGCAGCAAGGCAAGACUUCAGCAUCUCUAAACCAGGACAACCUUGCUGCUGAGACCAAUGGGAAGAAUGUCACGAUUCACUACCAGAUCACAAGGCCUCCAAACUUUGGCAAACUUCUAAAAGACAACCAAGAGGUUACAGAAUUCCAACAGGAAGAUCUACAGAGUGGAAGACUGUCCUACCACAUGGUCUCCCUCUCCUCUGCAGAAGACAGCUUUGAGUUCACCGCCUUUACUUCAGAAGCGAGUUUGAGUGGCCAGGUGCUAAAUAUAACCGUGAAACCUUUGAUCCAGGUUGGCAAAGAUUUCAGGAUUCCCAACGGAAUUACUGUCAAGCUCAACACUAGCUUUCUUAAUGCCUCUGAACUGGCAACGAUAAGCGACAGCGACCCUGUCUUUGAAGUGAUAUCUCAUCCUAAGUACGGGAAAGUGGUUCACACGAAACCUAAAGUGUCCAGAAAAGCUGUACCGGCUGAGUCCUUCACCUUUCAGGAGGUCAUGCAGGGGAAGGUGGCCUUGGAGCUGAACGCCAACAUGACUGGAGUUCAAGAGCUUAAUGACUCAUUAGCGUUUGCACUAAAAGCCGAUAACGUCCAACCUGCUAAAGGGGAAUUCCACUUUGCUGUCGUGCCAUAUGAUUCAGCGCUUUUUCCAACCACAAAGAGUCCCGUUCCAACCACAUCACCUGUUCCUCAGACACCAGUCAAGAAUACUAGAAAUGGAACCGCUUCACCGGCGCCGUCCACAGUUUUCCACUCCCCCCAGCAGCCAAGCAAAAACCAGCAAAAGUUCAAGGGACGUAACCGCUGGGGAAACUCCAACAGGACUAGCAUUCUGGGUACGACUCUUGGCAAACCACCUCAGACUGAGGAGUUCCCCUUCAGGAACACACCAGUUCGUGUAGAGUCCUAUCCUCAAAAAACCUCCAAUCCGCUGCUGGUCAUCCUGCCGCUGCUGGCCCUGCUGCUGCUUGUAAUCAUCUUUGUGGUCCUGGUUGUCUUCCUUCGCCACCACAGGCAAAGGAAGCAGAGCACUGCUGCACCACAGAGCCCUCUUCCCACUGAACUUCCAGGCAGUCAGUCUUACCAGGGCCAAACCCAGAGGAGCACAACAGUCCCCACCGUGACGGUCACUCCUCUGAACCCCACCUGCCCAGGUAGCCCCGUUUUCGAUCGGCUACUGACACCAACUCAAGGCUCCGCUUACAACACCAUCGAUUCAAACAUUCUCCUGAGUUCUUGGAGUAAUGGUUCCCCUGCGGCAUCUUCCCAAAUUAUUGGUACGGCCACUCCCACCCUGCAGAAGAACCAGUACUGGGUAUGAUCAUCCACAAACCGACGUGUCGCUGGAUGUGAUGGGGAACACUGUUUAAUAAGGGAUUGAAAAGCGUUUGUGUACUUAAAGGAGGCUGUUGUAGGUACUAAUCAAUAUUGUCCUGUUUGAGCUCAGCCUCUUGGCCUCUUUGGGUUUGUUGUUUAUGGGACAUUACUGUAUUUUUACCUCUCUUACGUUCACAAGACUUUUUGUGAAUUUCCAGCAGCAACAGGCGGCAAUCACAUAACCAGACAACUAGUUAUGCUAAUAUUGGCUAAACUAGAACUAAAAAGUCACCAUAUGGUCUGAAACACAGCUCCAGCAUGCUAAUAACAUUUAUCUGUUGGAUGUGUCAUUUUAUACAGACAUAAUACUGAAUAUCAGAACAGCCCUCAGAGGCCAGAACGACUCCUACAGCUUUAAGGAUGAACAAAGAAAUAAAAAAAAGCACUCUUGCCAAAAGUCCUUCGCUAAUAAGAAUCAACUUCUGAGUUUUCUUUGAGUUGCACAAUCCGUUCAAACCUCGGUUUACAAUGUAGGUUGAGUUGGUAGGACAGAACUCGAGCAUUUACAACGUGAUCAUCAUCGUAGUGAAUUAUUAUAAACUAUGUUUGUGCCUAAUAUGUGUUUAAUCACUAUCGUUACCUGGUCCUCAUGCAUGUUGAAGUUCCUCCCACUAGAGCUUGUGAUCAUCAGGGUGGAAGACGAUGAUGAUGCUAAUACCAGCUUGAAACUGUGAAUUACUGCGACUGGCACACAGAUGUAUUAUCCAACCAUUUCAAUUGAUUGUGCAGAUUUUCUAUUGCUUUUAUGUAUGAUAUAUUAUUAUAGAAUAGCGACUUUUUGUAAACUCAGGUAUUUUGUUAAUAGUCAUGUUACCUUCACUGGGGGUUGCAUGUGUCGUCAGUCGCUGAAUAUGAUCAAGUUCUGUGCUGCAGAUGCUCCCCAGCAUGGCUGUAUGUUGGACCGGGACGCUGACGUGGCAGGUUUUGUACCACUACAUGGUUUUAAGUGUCAACACUGGUUCCCGUACAGUUUUAUUUUAUUGUACACAGUAUUUUUAUAUUUUAAAGAAGCAUGUUAUGAAAAAAAACAAAACAAAUCAAGGCACUGAUCUAUAAUAUUAAGCAGCUCUACACUGUAUUCCUUCAACCUCAGUAAAUGUCAUUCUGUAAUUCAUUCAUUUAAAGAUGAACAAAUAAGAGGAAACACACGCUUUUAGGAGCAUUGGGCUGCUAGCUGUAAAUCACUUAUUAAUCUGUGAUUCUUAGAGUAUUUUUUUUAAAUCUUUAAAACUACUGACAGGUCUUUCCAGGACAAACGAGAAACUGACUGAAAUGAGUGCUGGUAUUUAUGAUAAUAAUUAUUUAUCUCUGGUUAGCCUGUUGAACCUGUCCACAGAUUACUGACAUUAUCUCCUUUAGUUUGACACUGUAAUGAUAUAUCUGCUGUAAACGAACGCUACGGUUCAGUCGUGGGAGACGAGGACGCCGCCGUAAACUCAUGAGAUCAUUUUGUACUGAAGAGAAUUGUCUAUCCUGCGUAUUCUAGUCUCAUCUGAAUGAUGUAACUUAGUAUGUAACAGAAGUGUCAUAUUUAUUUAUACCAUAUUUUUAAUAAACCACUUUAAAAUGUU